GGGCGGCGAUGGCGGCGCGGGCGGCGCUGUGCCUGGCGGGAGCGGCGCUCUCGCUGUACGCCCUGCACGUGGAGCGGGCGCGCGCCCGCGACCCUUCCUACCGAGCCGCUUGCGACCUGGGACCCGCCGUCUCUUGUACCCGCGUAUUCGCUUCCCGGUGGGGGCGGGGCCUGGGGCUGGUGGAGGUGGUGGCGGGCCGGGACAGCGUCGCCAACGUCCCCAACGGGGCCAUCGGGGUCGUCUUCUACCUGCUGCAAGGGCUGCUGGUGGGGACACUACCGGGACGGGUGACGGCAGCGGCGCUGCUGGGGACGUCGGUGGCCUCGGCGAUGGCCUCGCUGUGGCUGGCGGGGGUGCUGGCCUUCGGCUUGCGGGAUUUCUGCCUCGUCUGCAUCACCACCUACGUCCUCAACGGCCUCCUCCUCGCCCUCAACUGGCGCCGCUGGCGACGGCUCCGCCGCCUCAAAACCGCCUGA